CAUCGCAAUUAUUUUUUCUCAGGAUUUAUUUAAAAAAUGGAGAUAUCCUCGGCCCGUGUGAGCCCUGUCACCAACUCCUCCCCCGCCUCCUUGAACAGCAUGCAGCUGGCCAUCAUAUCUUUAAAGGACAAAUGUCAGAAGCAGCAGAAACGGUUGGAAGAGCUGGAGGGAGAGAAGAUAAUAUUAGAGAUUAGCAAAGAGAAUAUUUACUCCGAGAUUAAAAAACUUCAUGAAUCCAAUGUCAAGCUGAGGGACAAAAACCUUCAACUGAGUCACGAUUUACAGGUGAAAAGUAUAGAAUGUACUGAACUACGACGUACACUAGAAGACAAACAAUUUAACGAGACACAGAGCGCAAAACAGAUAGAGAGGUUACAGAACCAGAUGGAGAUAGCAUCACAUAGAGAGUUAAGUUCACAUUCGGUCUCAUUGGUUUCCAUAUCAGAAGAAGCAAGAGAAUCAUUUCAUGAUGAUCAAGAGUCGUCUAUUAGCGAAGCCCGAGAGUCUCUUUCCAGUCGAGAGUUUUUAGUGCCAGUAUCUCAUCAGGACACCAAGAGUUUAGUAGAUCAAGUUUCUACAAAUUACAAAACAAUCAAGGAUCAACUUUACAAGGAGCAGAAGAAGCUUCGCCUAGCCCUUAAUGUACUGCAGCAAAACAAACUAAAUUCCGAUCAGAAAAUAGAAACAUUAAUAUCCGCGACCCUCUCUACUGCCCGAAGCAAGGCCGGCGAGCAGAACUCACGAGGGAGGAAAUGUCCAAUGUGUGAAGUAGAGUUUACUAUGGAAACUACUCAGGAUGAGUUUGAGUGCCAUGUGGUCGAGCAUUUCAAUUACGAAGAAUCGGAGACUUUGAGGCAUUUUGAUACAGUACCAGAUGCUUUCUGGAGUUGUAAUAACAGUUUGGAACAUCAGAAUUCAUCUUAAUCGCUGGAAACAGAAUAAUCAAUUUUAGUUCUUUGGAGCAGCAUAGUUGACACUAGCUGUUUGAAGGAUCAAUCCCAGCUAUUUUGAGCAGCUAAAAUAUUUUGUCAACAAAUUUAAAAAAUCCGUCCAUUAAUUAUUAUUAAUAAUUAUCGAGGGUUAUACAUACAUUUUGUUAAAUGUUGUGAACUUAUAGAGAAAUCAUUUAUUUUCUGAGGCAACUCGACAACAUUUUAACGUUUAUUUGGAGCACUUGCAAAACGUUUCCUCCACAAAAUGUCUCGUGUUUAUUUUCGUAAUAAUGAAGCAUUUCCUUGCCCUUAAAAAAGGUUGUCAUAUCAAAAUUUACAAAAAAAUACCCCUAAUAGGAUCAUUUUUAAAAUUACUAUAAAUUGUUAUUUAGUUAGAAAAAAAAUUAUUAGUAACUAAUUAUUCAUUUACAAAAAUUACCCUUAGUGGUCAUUGUGUCGACAAUUGGAAAAAAAGAAAAUAUCUUUGUAUUUAUUAAAGUUAUUGUGAUUAAAUGCAAAUGUUACACAUCAAAUUUUUUCCUAAAAAAAAAAUAUUGUUUGUAAAAAAUUAUUUACUCUCAAUGAUGAUAUUUAAGCAUUUAUCAAGCGUAAACUUAUCUGACAAUUUAUUUAUAAAAUCAAACCUUUUUUGUUUAAUUGAUUCUGGUGAAUAUAGUAUUAUUUUCAUAACUCUGUUGUAUAGUUGUAAAGGUCUAAAUGUUUGAUUAUUUCAAUUAAUUUCUGCCAAUUUUAAGUGUUUCAAUUGAAACCUCAAAACUUUGGUCAAAACUUAUGGUUAAAAUAGCUCUAUUCUAAAACACUUGAUCUCGAUAUUCACUAUAAUCAUUUUUUUGAAAUUUGAGAAAUGUGCGGAAUUUAAAUACUACGCACGGGAUAUCCAAGAGGAAUUAAUUUGAUCCGUUGAACUGCAAAGUGCAAAUCAUACGGAUAUGUGCUUAAUCCCGUGAUUUACAUUUUAACCUCGGGUCUUUGUGUCUCAUCUUUUUAACUUUUUUCAAUAUUUGUAAAUUUCAAUUUGUCAAAUAUAUUUCUCGCAAAUAACGGGACUAUUUAUUGCAGA